AGUGCCUGGAGCCAUGGCAACGCUGGUGCCCUCAGCCUACGCGAUUCUCAGCACCGACAGCAGCGCGACUGUCGUUGAAUUUCCGUUCUUGGCUAAUUCUUGGCAAAAGGCGAAUGACUUCUGCAGCGGCCUCGGUCUGAAGCUGGUCUCGUACCCAGUUAGCCUCAAGGACCGAGCAGUGAUGAGCAUCAGGAUGAAACCCUAUUUCUUCGUGGACCUGCAGCGCCAAAUUGACGGUUCUUACGCGGCUCUCUCCUCUGACCUCGUGCUGCCCUCGAACUAUCCCUUCCCGUGGUACCCAAAGAACCCCGAUGGCGGAAUCAACAUCUGCAUGGCCAUAGCUGACCAUCCCUUCACGGUCUACGACUUUCCAUGCAACCUUGUUGGUAGUGGUCCUUACACUGCGAUAUGUGCUGUUUAAAUAACCAUUUCUCUCUAAACAAUUCGA